AUGGGGAAAAUGCACUGGCCUGUUCUUGAGUGUGGCGGCAGUAAGCGAGUCAUAGUUUUAGUUUGGUUGUCGAUUUUUUGCUACCUGUCAAUUGACGAGGUUGAUGAAUAUGCUUGUGACAUGCAUGGCAAAGGGGAAAAAUUUAUAUUACCUAAAUAUGAAGUCUUGAUAUGUGAAAUGUUUUCAGAUGUGGAAACAGUGGUUGAUCUUGAGACAAACACAGAGCUCAUAUGUGAAACGCCACCACCGCCACCACCACCGGAAUCCUCCUCCUCCCACUGGUUCACAAGACUCCUGUUCCUGCAAGCAGAGCUCAUAUACAAGUGCAUCGUCUCCCUCUUGUCCCCAAUCUUGUCCCUCCUCUCCUUGGCCUCCGACUCUUACCACCGGGCCGAGGAGGCCAAGGACUCCGUCGAGUCCGCCGUUCACCGAGUCCCCUCCGACCUCUGCCUCCUCCUCAAGAGGCUCGGCCUCGGCUUCAUCGCCUCCACCUAUGUCUGCAUGGUCUUGUCUCUGCUCAUGGCUCUGUCUGUGAUGGUGGGCGGGGGGUUGGUGAGGAUGUGGGUGGAGGAGCCUGUGUUCGUGACACAAAGGUUGUAUCUCGAUUACACUCGUCUCCAUCCCCAGGCUAUCUUCUCCUUCUGUGGCGGUGUUGAUGGUGGGGUUGGUCUGUGUGAAGGGUUUCACCAGAAGAAGCAUGCGGGCAUUCCUGUGGGUCACACAUUUUCCGUCUCUCUGUUGCUCUUGAUGCCAGAGUCUGACUAUAAUUGCCACAUUGGUGUUUUUCAGGUAACUGCAGAGUUGCUAUCAGUGAAUGGGGAAGUGAUUGCAAGGUCGAGUCAGCCAUGCAUGCUGCGAUUCAGAAGCCUCCCAGUGAGGCUCAUGAGGACACUCGUGCUGGGCAUACCUCUGUUGCUCGGAGUCUCAGCAGAGACCCAGAAGAUCAAAGUUGAGGCCCUUAAGCACAAGGAGCCAAGGCAUCCCAGGACAGCGGCCAUCAGGAUCACCCUGAUCCCGAGGGCCAGGACUUCAUCGCCACCGCAGGUGUACGAGGCCCAGAUCACGAUGCACUCACAGCUGCCGUGGGCGAAAGAGGUGGUCCGUAACUGGAGAUGGAGCUUCUGCGUGUGGGCAUCCCUCUGCACAUACAUCGCGCUUCUGCUCGCCCUCCUCUGCUGCAGCAAAACCCUGGUUCUGCCGUCGGGGUCAGCAACGGGGGUCUCCCCCACGGAGCACGAUGGCGAGUCCGAGAUGGAUGCGAAGAAGAGCAAUCACGGCGCGAGGAAAGAAGAGGCGAGAGUAGGGGACGAUGGAGAGGUUGCGGAGCUGUUGAGGAAGUGGCAGCAGAGCAGAGGGAAGAGGAAGGCCAGGUUUGCUUCAGAAUUUAGAGGUGGCGAAGGUGAAGAAGGUUCAUCAGCAGCGUCCAGCAGGAAUGUCACUAGAGAAGACACGAGUGCAAGCAUCGAAGAAGAUGAGGUUGGGGAUUCAGAGUCUGUAUGCUUGAGCUAGAGCUUCUUCAUGCAUAUUAUUGUGACCUGAUCUAAUCAAAUACAAGUGCUUUUAGUUA